GACUGGGGACUUUGUUCUCCGCGGAGAAACUCAAGGGCGGUGCCGGUAGACGCCUGCGCACGCGCGCCGCCUCAUUUCCGGUGCUCUCUCGCUGGGUCGCUCGGGUCGGCUUCGGUCGCCGUCGCUCCCGCUCUUCCACCCCCGCCAACCGCCGCUCGGGCCUCAGCCGCCGCCGCGUCGCUCCCUCGCUCGCUCGCCACACAUCCUCCCCGAUGCAGCGCCGGGACGACCCUGCCGCGCGCCUGACUCGGUCCUCGGGCCGCAGCGGCUCCAUGGACCCCUCCGGUGUCCACCCCUCGGUGCGUCAGACCCCGACACGGCCGUCACCGCUGCCUCACCGGUCCCGGGGAGGCGGAGGUGGGCCCAGAGGGGGCGUUCGGGCCUCGCCCGCCACGCAGCCGCCGCCGCUGCUGCCUCCCUCGGCCACGGGUCCCGACGCGACGGUAGUGGGGUCCGCGCCGACCCCGCUGCUGCCCCCGUCAGCUACAGCCGCGGCCAAGAUGGAGCCGGAGAAUAAGUACCUGCCCGAACUCAUGGCGGAGAAGGACUCGCUCGACCCGUCUUUCACUCACGCCAUGCAGCUGUUGUCCGUAGAAAUUGAGAAGAUUCAGAAAGGAGAGUCAAAAAAAGAUGAUGAGGAGAAUUACUUGGAUUUGUUUUCUCACAAGAACAUGAAGCUGAAAGAACGGGUGCUGAUACCUGUGAAGCAGUAUCCAAAGUUCAAUUUUGUGGGGAAGAUCCUUGGACCACAAGGAAAUACAAUCAAACGACUUCAGGAGGAGACUGGUGCAAAGAUCUCUGUCUUGGGGAAGGGUUCAAUGAGAGACAAAGCCAAGGAGGAAGAGCUUCGCAAGGGUGGAGACCCCAAAUAUGCCCAUUUAAAUAUGGAUCUGCAUGUCUUCAUUGAAGUCUUUGGACCCCCAUGUGAGGCUUAUGCUCUUAUGGCCCAUGCCAUGGAGGAAGUAAAGAAAUUUCUAGUACCAGAUAUGAUGGAUGAUAUCUGCCAGGAGCAGUUUCUAGAAUUGUCCUACUUGAAUGGAGUUCCUGAACCUUCUCGUGGUCGUGGGGUACCAGUAAGAGGACGAGGAGCUGCCCCUCCUCCUCCACCUGUUCCCAGAGGUCGUGGUGUUGGACCACCUCGAGGGGCUUUGGUUCGUGGAACUCCAGUGAGAGGCUCUAUUACCAGAGGUGCCACUGUGACUCGAGGCGUGCCACCCCCACCCACUGUGAGGGGUGCUCCAACACCAAGAGCUCGGACAGCAGGCAUCCAGAGAAUACCUUUACCUCCACCACCUGCACCAGAAACAUACGAAGACUAUGGAUAUGAUGAUACAUAUGCAGAACAGAGUUAUGAAGGAUAUGAAGGUUAUUACAGCCAGAGCCAAGGGGAGUCAGAAUAUUAUGACUAUGGACAUGGGGAGGUUCAAGAUUCUUAUGAAGCUUAUGGACAAGAUGACUGGAAUGGGACCAGGCCAUCACUGAAGGCCCCCCCAGCUAGGCCAGUGAAGGGAUCCUACAGAGAGCACCCAUAUGGACGUUAUUAAAAACAAACAGGAGGGGAAAAUAUCAGUUAUGAGCAAAGUUGUUACUGAUUUCUUGUAUCCCAGGAUUCCUGUUGCUUUACCCACAACAGACAAGUAAUUGUCUAAGUGUUUUUCUUCGUGGUCCCUUUCUUUUCCCCACCUUCCUCCAUUCUUAACUCUGCAUUCUGGCUUCUGUAUGUAGUAUUUUAAAAUGAGUUAAAAAUAGAUUUAGGAUAUUGAAUUAAUUUUUUAAGUGUGUAGAUGCUUUUUUUUCUUUGUUGUUUAAAUAUAAACAGUGUACCUUUUAUAAUAAAAAAAGAAGUUGAGUAAAAAAAAACACAAACAUGUUAGUUUCAAAAGUGGCAUUGCUUGCUUAAAGGUUCUGAAGUAAAGGCUUGUUAACUUUUUCUUAGUUUUGAUUUGAGGCACCCCGUAAAGUCAUAGUUGCAGAAUCCCAAACUAGGCUACAUUUCAAAAUUCAGGGCUGCUUAAGAUGUAAAAUCACAAUGUUAACGGCAGUAGGUGCCACCAUGUAAAAGUGAGCUCAGACGUCUCUAAAAACAUUUCCUUUAAAAGCACAUGGCGGUUGAAUCUUAAGGUUAAAUUUUAAUAUGAAAGAUCCUAAUGAAUUAAAUAGUUGAUGCAAUUUUUAACGUUAAUUGACUUAAAACAACAACAAAAUUAGGUUUGUAAAACUGACUUUUUCAUUAUGUGGGUUUUGAAAUCUAGCCCCAGACAUACAGUGUUGAGAGAUACUUAGUGGGGGGUGGGUAGGGUUUGGAUAAGGUUGAUGGGGGAAAGGAGUUGGCCACCUAAAUGGAAUUUGAUGGUGUAUUUUUUAGCCACAAUCUUUUCAUUAAUAGUACUAAUAAUCAAAUUUUCAGUAUUUAAAAUGUCAGAGUAUUUUGUCCAUCUGAGCUUCUGCACUCCAUGAAAAACUCACUUGGACACUGGGGCCAAAAGCUGAUGAUGUUCAUUGAAUUGACCAUUGUCAAUUUUGAGCUGUUCCCAAGGUAGUCAAGUAUGUCUCAACACUAGCAUGAUAUAAAAAGGGACACUGCAGCUGAAUGAAAAAGGAAUCAAAAUCCACUUUGUACAUAAGUUAAAGUCCUAAUGGAUUUGUACCGUCCUCCCAUUUUGUUCUCGGAAGAUUAAAUGCUACAUGUGUAAGUCUGCCUAAAUAGGUAGCUUAAACUUAUGUCAAAAUGUCUGCAGCAGUUUGUCAAUAAAGUUUAGUCCUUUUUUAAUCAAAGUAAA